ACCUAGCCUAGCGGUUUCAACUAUAACAACAUACCUUACCUACAAUACAUUAAUCAAUGGUGAAGGGUUACCACAGGUACGAGCCGGCGGUCUCGUUUGGAGUUAUAUCAUCGGGAGUUAUAGCCUAUGACAGCUCAGGCAAACACCUGCUAGCUGCGGCGUUAGAGAAAAUCGGUGUAUGGCAUGUGAGGCAAGGUGUUUGUACCAAAACCCUAGCUCCGUCAUCUAACUUAAAAAAAGGACCUUCCCUUGCCGUUACAUCAAUUGCUUCCUCUUCUUCAUCAUCCCAUAUAGCAAGUGGUUAUGCUGAAGGAAGCAUUAGAAUCUGGGAUUCCGAGAAAGGGAUAUGUGAAACAACACUGAAUGGGCAUAAAGGGGCUGUGACGGCCCUUCGAUACAGUAAGCUUGGAUCAUUACUAGCAUCUGGAAGCAAAGAUAAUGACGUUAUUUUAUGGGAUGUGGUGGGUGAGACUGGCCUGUUUCGCCUUCGGGGACAUCGUGAUCAGGUUACUGAUCUUGUUUUCUUAGAUUCUGGCAAAAAACUGGCAACAGCUUCUAAGGACAAAUUUUUAAGGGUAUGGGAUCUUGAUACUCAACAUUGCAUGCAGAUUAUAAGUGGCCAUCAUACUGAAAUUUGGUCCAUAGAUAUUGACCCUGAGGAAAGAUAUCUAGUCACUGGUUCUGCUGACCCCGAGCUUCGCUUUUACACUAUAAAGCGUGAUUUUGCUGAUGGACAAUUGAUAGCUAAAAAAAGCGAAACAAAUGUAAAUAAGGACUUGCCUACUGAUAACAAAUGGGAAGUACUCAAGUCAUUUGGUGAAAUUCAACGCCAAAGCAAGGAUAGAGUUGCAACAGUGAGGUUUAACAAGUGUGGAAACCUGUUGGCUUGUCAAGUUGCAGGGAAGAUGGUGGAAAUAUUCCGUGUGCUGGACGAGUCUGAAUCUAAACGCAAAGCGAAAAGAAGAGUCAGUAGAAAGAAGCAGAAGAAAGCUGCCAAAGAAGGCCUUGAGGCAACGGAUAAAGGAGAGGCAGAUAUUGGAGGCAGCAAUCCUGUUGUUACAGUUCUGGAUAUCUUCAAGCUUCAUCAGACUCUACGGGCUGGAAAGAAGAUCUCCUCAAUUUCUUUCUCCCCAGUUACUUCAAAGAAUUCACUGGCUACCUUAGCAUUGUCGUUGAACAAUAAUUUAUUGGAAUUUCAUGCUAUAGAAAGCAGUUCAACUACUGAAUUGAGCGCUAUUGAGCUUCAGGGGCAUCGUGCUGUUGUCACAAGUGUUACUCUCAGCUCAGAUAACGCUCUUUUGAUGUCGACUAGUCACAGUGGAAUUAAAAUAUGGAACCCUACUACUGGUUCUUGCCUCCACACAAUUGAUUCAGGAUAUGGUCUCUGUGGACUAUUUGUUCCAGGUAACAAGUAUGCGGUUGUUGGUACAAAAGGUGGGACCCUGGAAUUUAUUGACGUUAGGAGCGCUACUUGUGUGGAAGUAGUGGAAGCCCAUGGCGGUGCUGUUCAGUCAAUUGCUUUAACUUCAGAUGGAACAGGUUUUCUCACCAGCAGUGCCGAUCAGGACAUUAAAUUCUGGGAAUUUCAAAUGGUGCAAAAGGCUGGUGAAAUACAGGGGUCUAAGCAUUUAACUGCAUCUCCCACAAGGAGCUUAAAACUGCAUGAUGAUGUUCAAGUGGUUGCUGCGAGCCCUGAUGGUAAAUUUAUUGCUGCUGCCUUGUUGGAUAACAUGGUAAAGGUCUACUAUAUGGAUUCACUCAAGUUAUUUCUUUCACUCUACGGUCACAAUCUGCCUGUAUUGUGUAUGGAUAUUUCUUCAGAUGGGGAUCUGCUUGUCAGUGGGUCUGCGGACAAAAAUGUGAAGAUUUGGGGUCUAGACUUCGGGGAUUGUCAUAAGUCACUUUUUGCGCAUGCUGAUAGCGUUACGGGAGUUAAGUUUGUGCGCAAAACCCAUUACUUUUUUACUGCGGGGAGAGAUCGCUUGGUGAAGUACUGGGAUGCUGACAAGUUUGAGUUGCUUUUAACCCUUGAAGAUCACCAUGCUGAAGUUUGCUGUCUUGCUAUGAGCAACCUUGGUGAUUUUAUUGUCACAGGAUCUCAUGAUCGGUCCAUACGCCGUUGGGAUCGUACUGAACAACUAUUUUUUCUUGAGGAAGAGAAAGAGAAGAGAUUGGAAGAGAUGUUUGAAUCAGACAUUGACAAUGGAUUUGAGAAUAAGUACGGACUAAAGGAAGAACUUCCAGAGGAGGGAGCUGUGGCAUUAGCGGGGAAAAAGACUCAAGAAACUCUUACUGCUACAGAUUCUAUCAUUGAAGCACUGGACAUGGCAGAUGCGGAACUGAAGCGAAUUGCUCAACAUGAGGAGGAUAAAUCAAAGGGCAGAGUUUCAGAAUUCAGGCCGAAUAUUCUCAUGCUUGGGCUUUCUCCGUCUGAUUAUCUUCUUCGUACAUUAUCUAGUGUUCAUACUAAUGAUCUGGAGCAAGCUUUCCAGCCUUUACCCUUUUCUUAUGCUUUGAAGCUCAUGUCAUACCUGGAGAAUUGGGCCUCUAUACCAGAUAAGCUGGAGCUUGUUAUUAGGGUAGCAACACUGUUAUUGCAACUUUAUCAUCACCAACUGGUUUCAACUCUCUCUGCUAAACCCCUCUUGACCAAACUAAAAGACAUUCGUGCAAGAGUUAAGGAACGCAAAGAUAUCCUCGGUGUCAACUUAGCUGCAAUGGAUCAUCAUCGCGCGCAAUUGAUGUAUUCACGGUCGGAUGCUCCAUUUGGAAAUGCAAAGACUAAAUUAUGGGAGAUACACACAAAAGGUAUUGAAGCAAGGGAAGGCACAAAACAAGAAAAGAAGAGAAAGAAGAAACAGAAGAAGGUUGACGGAGGACAUGUUUGGUCAUAACUUAUUAAAACCUCAACUAAACUUGUAUUUAAAAUUGGUAUAAAGAUUUUUGUAGCCCUAACUAGCAAUUGCUUCAUUAUACCAAUCAUAUUGAAUCGCAACCGUGAUGGUGUUGAUUUCUUGAAUGAUAAGAGCUUUCUACUGAUAAUAGAACAUUCAAAUGGUAAGAUUUAGAAGAGAAAUUUGGGUUCUUUGCAGCAACCUGUGAUUUUUAAAGUC